AAUUCGAGAGAAUGAGGGAGAGAGAGAGAGGGCGAGAGAGUUUCAGGGUUGCAAGUACCAGACACCGGACUAGGAUCAGGCGGACUGUACUAGGCAGAGAGUUCAACCGGCGCAGAGGAAGAAGUCGACAAGGAGGGGUGGACAGGGCAGAAUAGAGGGUGUGGUAUGGGAAGUAGAGGGAAUAUAUGGAAAGGGAAUAUGAUGUGGGAAUGUUCAAGCAAGCAACUGGCUUCUUCUUCACCAACAUUCCCAAUGGCUGGAGCUACUUUGAAAUGUGGGCAGAAUUUGCAAAAUUUGGCAGAGUAUUUGCAAUAUACAGCCCUCCAAGAAGAAGCAGAAAUGGAAGAAGGUUUGGCUUUGUCAGAUAUCUCAACGUUAAGGAUGAGAAGGAACUAGAGAGGAAACUUGAUCAGAUCCGAAUCAGGGGCCACAAGAUAUGGGUUAACAUAGCCAAGUAUCCUUCAAAGGAAGUUAAAGAAAGGGAGACAAGGAGAAUCGUAACCACAAAUAUGGUUGCUGCAGGAAAAUCAUAUGCAGAUGCAGUAAAAGGGAAGUUGGGAAGGGCUCCACAAAAAGCAGAACAUAUACAAGCAGAGAAGAGGCCGAAACUCCGAGCAAUGGGGGGCAAGAUGAUCUUAAUGGAAUGCGAGGAUAAAGAGGAAUUAAAAGAGCUAGUACAGGGUGUUGUAAGCUGGCUGGGAGCACCAAUUCAUGCUUGGGGGCCAGAUUUCUUUGAGAAUAUGGCUAAUGCAUGGGGCAAGUUUAUAUGUCUAGAUGAUAGUACAAGCAAGAGAAAGAGAUUCGACAUAGCCAGAUUCCUUAUAUCGACGUCGAUAAUGGAUUUAAUCUCGAUUAAGAGGCAGAUCAAAGUUAAUGGAGUCUUCUACAAUCUGAAAUUUUUGGAAGAGGAAAUGACUAAUAGUCUAUUCUCAUUAAGGUAUGAUUUUAUACCAAAUUUUAAGAGCGAUUCUUGCUCUAAAGAGUCAUGGUCGGAGGACAGUGAUGAUGAUGAGGAGCUGGGAAGUAAAUUCAGUGCAGAAGAUAACGGAAAUAUCGACGGAGAAGAAGAAGAUGUCAGAGGGGAACAAGAGUUAAAUGAGCUAGACAAACAGUCGACCAACACUCCGUCUGACAAAGCAAAUUUUGAAAUGAAGGGCAUGGAAUCAGUGGAAAUGGUGGUGGACAGUAUGGAGGGGCUUCUAGAAGCAAGUGACAUGGGGAGUGGUGAAGAGGUGGGGCUUUGUAAAUUGUACUUUAAGAGUAGGACAACAACGGACUCAAUAGAGAACACGAAAGAAUAUGAUUUAGGCCAAAGGCUAAAGCCCAUAUUGAAAGGCUUGGGUCCAAUCCAUGAAGAACAUGAAGAAGGAGACAAGGAUAUGAGGGCCCCAUCGGAUUCAAAAAAGGAUGAGGAAGAGGCUGUCAAGAUCCUUGAAGAAAUGGAGACCCGUGAUAGAAAAGAGAAGGCAGAGGGCAGCUCAAAAGAAGAAAGAAAGAAUAAGAAGGAAAUAAAAUUAGCAGGAGUAGAUAAAAAAGUUUGUAGAGCAGUGUGGGGGUCUGAAGAUUUUGAGUGGGUAGCCAAGGAUGCUUGUGGAAUGUCGGGUGGCAUGCUUUGUUUGCGGAACCCCAAAGUGCUUACCAUGUCCAGAAGAAUAGAGGGAGAAAACUUUAUAGGCAUAGAAGGAAUUUGGGGGAGAGAGGCAACCCCAGUGAGCAUAAUUAAUGUAUAUUCCCCAUGCCAGUUAUUGGGGAAACAAACCUUAUGGGAGGAAUUGAAAAAACUGGUUUCCGGUAGAGGAGGUAAUUGGUGUAUUGCAGGUGAUUUCAAUGCAAUAAGAAAGACAGAGGAAAGAAAGGGGAGCAGGGGUAUAAGCAGUGAGAUGAGAGAGUUUGAUAGUUUCAUAAGAGAAGCAAAUUUGAUUGAUAUCCCACAAUGGGGUUUAAGAAGAACAGUAUCAGAUCACUGCCCAAUCCUACUCAAAUUUCAGCAAGUAGAUUGGGGUCCUAAACCAUUCAGGUUCUUUGAUGCUUGGUUAAAGAUGGAAGGUUGUAGGGAGCUAAUAAAAGAGGUAUGGAGCAAAGCAGAAAUCGAAGGAUGGGCAGGGUACCGUCUCAAAGAAAAGAUGAAGUUGACAAAGAAGGCACUAAGGAAAUGGAGCAGGGACUCAACCCUGGAUAUUGAGAGUAAGAUAAGCAAUGCUGCAGCAGAGAUAGACUGGAUUGAUAGCAAGGGGGAACAAGAGCAAUUGACGGAAGAAGAAAUCAAGAAAAGAAGAGAGGCCACAAUAACCUUAUGGGAAAAUAUGAAGAGAAAGGAAAGUAGGAUCCAACAGAAAUCAAGGAAGACAUGGUUAGCUCACGGAGAUGCAAAUACAAAGUUCUUCCACAAGUGUGUAAAGGGGAGAUGGAGAAGAAAUGAGAUGAGUAGCAUACACAUAAAUGGAGUCCAAUUAAAGGAAGCUAGCAGAAUGAAGGAUGAGCUCGCUGGUUUCUUUGAGGAGAUGUUUAAGGAAAAACAGAGGGUUAGGCCAAAGCUGGAUGGGGUGUGUUUCAAACAGUUCUCACAAGAAGAUAAUGAUUUCAUAACUGGACCCUUAAGUGAAAGUGAGAUCAAGGGAGCAGUGUGGGAGUGUGAUAGCUCGAAAGCACCAGGCCCUGAUGGGUUUAACUUCAGCAAGAUGGUGAAAGGACUCAACACAUCCUUCAUUGUACUGGUUCCCAAAUCGAACAAUCCGCAGAAGAUAGAGGAGUAUCAACCCAUCUCUUUAAUUGGAGUCAUGUAUAAAAUCCUAGCCAAGUUGCUAGCCAACCGCUUAAAGAAGAGGAUGGGAUUUUGUGACAAGUGGACGAAGUGGAUCGGAGAGUGUUUAAGAACAAGCCUUGUAUCAGUUCUGGUCAAUGGUAGCCCAACAAGGCAAUUUAGUGUUUCAAAAGGUCUUAGACAAGGAGAUCCCCUAUCACCCUUCUUAUUCCUAAUCAUUGCGGAAGGUUUAAAUGGGCUGGUAUCAAAUGCAACUCAAAAAGGAUUGUUGGAGGGAGUCGAAGUGGGAAGCAGAGGUCUGAAAUUGUCACAUCUUCAAUUUGCAGACGACACAAUCCUAUUUGGAGAAGCUACUGAGAAAAAUGUCCUAGCAAUGAAAGGAAUUCUGAGAGCAUUUGAAAUCGUCUCUGGACUUAAGGUCAGUUUUAACAAAAGCCAACUGAUGGGAAUCUGUGUACAAGAGGAAUGGUUGGAUAGAAUGGCAUGGCUGCUGUGCUGCAAAAAAGGAAGUAUGCCGUUUAAGUAUCUAGGAAUCCCUAUCGGGGGGAAUUCGAGGAGAAUAGCCUUCUGGAAACCAUUGCUGGAAACCUUCAACAAGAAGUUUCACACUUGGAAGGGUCGGUUUCUUUCUCUUGGUGGUCGAAUAACUCUUAUUAACUCAAUACUGUCCAGCCUCCCUAUGUUUUGGAUGUCACUGUACUUAGUCCUGAGAGGUAUGAUUCUUUUAAUUGAUAAAAUUCGUAGAAGAUUUUUGUGGGGGGGGGGCUCUGAGGGAGGGAAGAGGGUUAAUUGGGGGCAAGUCUGUAAAGGAAAAGAGAGUGGUGGAUUGGGGGUUGAGGACUUGAGGAAGUUUAAUGUGGCGUUAUUAUGAAAAUGGUGGGGGAGACUAAUGUCGGAAGGAAAAGGAUUAUGGAAAACUGUCAUUUGUGAGAAGUAUGGAAGGGUAGGGGAAUCGACCUAUAACAUGCU